AUGUUGGAAACUCUGACAAGUUCUUGGAGCAGCGGUAGUCAAUUUCAGAUCACUCGAAUAUUUGUGAAAUUCUUCGUCGAAGAUGGCGCUCCCUUACAAAUGCUUGUCGAUGAACGAUGGACGGUGGCCGAUACGAUGCAACAACUUGCCGACAAGCAUCAUAUCACCCUAUGCGAAGAUCAUUGCAUUGUUGAGGAGUUUCCUGAUCUUUAUAUACGCCGAAUCUACGAAGAUCAUGAGAACCUGGUCGAGAACAUCCAAUUAUGGGUGCAGGACUCACCAAAUAAGCUCUAUUUUAUCCGUCGCCCUGAUAAAUAUCCUUUUAUUGAUCGACCCGAGCUCUAUCUUGUUACUGAGAAAACUGCUGAUCUUGAGGUACCACCUGGAGAUAAUUGGACAAAGGAGGUCAAGACACAAUUUGUGCAGGACUUUUUCACACGUGAGACCGUAUCACCACCUGAACUCGAAGGAUUCCUUCACUUGAAAUCAGAUGGAAGGAAAAGUUGGAAGAAACACUAUUUUGUGCUGAGGCCAAGCGGACUCUACUAUGCUCCGAAGGGAAAGAAGUCGUCCAAGGAUUUACAAUGUCUUAUGAACUUACAUUCAAAUCAAGUCUACACUGGUAUCAAUUGGGCGAAGAAAUACAAAUCACCCACAGAAUGGUGCAUCGCCAUCAAGCUGACAGCGCUGCAAAUGAAACGAUCGCAGUACAUAAAAUACAUCUGUGCUGACGAUGAAGCCUCAUUUAGACGAUGGUUGGUGGGGUUACGGAUUGCUAAGGUAAGGACACCUGACGAUGAAGAUUCGGAUGAGGAAUUUCCUGCUCCUCCACCAGUGUUUAGUCGGACGUCAACACCUAGCCAAGUGAGUAGAACUUUUUCUUGAAG